CAGUUUUGUAUGACUUGAAGGUUCCAUUGCAGUUCUAUCUUAUUUCUAUGGUAGUUGUUGGUGCACACGGACACUUUAAUGGCUGUACCCACCGGAAGUGUGCGGGCGGCCGCGUCACAGGAGAGGCUGUGUUUAGGUGCUGGCAGCAUCGAUAUAUCGGUAGUGAAUCUCCCCUGUGGAGUGCGCCAGCAUGGCCUCUGCCCCAGCACAGCAGCCUACGCUCACUGUAGAGCAGGCGAGAGUUGUUCUUAGUGAGGUGAUCCAGGCUUUCUCCGUACCUGAGAAUGCAGCACGCAUGGAGGAAGCCAGAGAAAGCGCCUGCAACGACAUGGGCAAGAUGCUGCAGCUUGUGCUUCCUGUGGCCACUCAGAUCCAACAGGAGGUCAUCAAAGCAUACGGCUUCAACAAUGAAGGAGAAGGUGUUCUCAAAUUCGCCCGGCUGGUGAAGAUGUAUGAAACUCAGGACCCAGAGAUCGCAGCCAUGUCAGUGAAACUCAAGAGUCUCCUGCUGCCGCCUCUCUCCACUCCUCCCAUUGGCAGUGGCAUCCCAACCUCAUAGAACAGCGCAAACUCCAAAUUCAUCAAGUUCAAAACCUUUUCAACUAUAAAAAUUGUCUAGUGCAUCACAUUCAGGUUUUCCCAUUUUAGUCAGUUUUAACACUUCUUUCGAGGGUGAUUUAAACUGAGAUGAAGUACAAAUUGCACCACAGAAAAAUAUUUGAAUAAAAAGAAAACAAGUUAUUGGUGAACUUAUACAUUCCCAUUUUCUGUCAGUGAAAUUAAUAUUCAAACCAUGGUCUUGCUCACAUAUUUAUUUCUUGUAUUCAUAUUCAUUUUGCCAUGUUCAGUGUGCAUAUUUAUCAAGCGUAAUACUAAUUUGUUGAUGCCUUUUGAAGGUCUUGUUUGUUUUUAAAACUUUUUAUACAGUUCGUAGUGAUUUGGUCAUAUAAUCAUAAAUGAUAACCUCUGACAUUGUUUUUGUGAUCAUUACUCUUUGAAAAACUGAUUAUGUCACAUAAACUGAUUAUGUGUUCACCAAUAAAGUCAUUUUUUUACUUAA